CGCAGCGGCAGGUAGACUAUCCGCUCCUCCAAAGUGUGAACAAAACUCCCUCACUCGAGGAAAACAAACCGUUAAAGAUACACGCGAAAUUGUCCCCCAGUGAGACUAUCACGUGUUUGCGCGCGUGAAUGGGAAGCCUGAAUAAAAAAGCUUCGUCGAUAUAAAAAUUAAACAACAGAAGUGAUAUUUAAUUUAAAAAAUUGCGCUAUGGCGUUUCUGUUUUUGUUGAGCGAAUUUCGUGAAGCACUUUGCGACUUCGAGCCUCAAUAUAUAUAACGAAAUAAAUGAUAACGAGUUAUCAAUCGAACAAACUUCCCAAAGACACGAGAUCUAGAGAAUCUAAUAACUUUGACAUAUAAGAAGAAAUCUAUAUGUAAUUUCCUUCAGCAGUCCUCCUCGGAGAUUGAUUCUGGCGUAAAUCAAAUAGAGAUCAAGUUUCCCUCGCUUUUGUUAUUUGUGAGAAGACGAAUUUACCCCGAAGACAAAAAAAGAGAAAACAGAGGAAAACUUGAGAACUUUUAUCACUGAAGAAGAAGAAUAGGUGGAACCUAACGGCGCACGAAAUCAAUGAAAAUUCCAUUUAUCUCUCUCGUAUGAGACCAACUGGCCGUCGACGAAAAAGACGAAAGAAAUUUGCAACACUUUCGUCGCGAAUUAUCGGCAAAGAAACGGGAUCGCAUUCAAGAAUGUCAAGGAACGAAGGCAUUUUCGUGCGCGUCAUAUAAUCGGGAUCAGGAUGGCUCCAACGUCGAUCCUCUCAGACGGCGUCUACGCCAAGGCCAACUUUAAUGAUGGCCUGGCAUUAUCGGAGCGAAACAUAUUUAACGACACGCACGAAUUCUCCGCCGUAUCAUUCGGUCCGUAUCGAGAUUCCCUCUACGUGGUGAUACCGAUGACCAUAAUCUACGCGUCCAUCUUUCUCACGGGCAUCGUCGGCAAUGUUAGCACGUGCAUCGUGAUUGCGCGCAACAAGUCCAUGCACACCGCAACAAACUAUUAUCUCUUCAGUCUGGCCGUGUCCGACCUGUUGCUACUCGUGUCGGGCCUGCCAGCGGAGGUGUACAUGGUCUGGUGCAAAUACCCGUACAUCUUCGGGGAGGAUUUCUGCGUAUUGCGCGGCCUCGCCUCGGAGACAUCGGUGAACGCAUCCGUACUCACCAUCACCGCCUUCACCGUCGAGAGAUACGUGGCGAUCUGCCAUCCGUUUCUCUCGCAGACUCUGUCGAAUCUGUCCCGCGUGAUCAAGCUGAUCCUCGCGAUAUGGCUGAUGGCCUUGGUAUGCGCGCUACCCCUGGCGUUGCAAUUUGGCGUGGUCCAACAUAGCGACCACCCCGACAUGAUCGUGUGCACGGUCAAGAGAAUCAUUAUCGAUCACUCAUUCGAACUGUCCACGUUCCUGUUUUUCGUGUUGCCCAUGUGCCUCAUCACGUUUCUCUACGUGUUGAUCGGCCUCAAGCUCAGAAAGUCGAACAUGACUGUCCCAGGCAGAACCGAGUCGAACAUGAAAAAUUGCAGACAUCCUGGGAGAUCGUCCAGGAGGGUGUUGAAGAUGCUAGUCGCGGUUGUGAUAGCAUUCUUCAUUUGUUGGGCUCCGUUUCAUGUACAACGAUUAAUCGCCAUAUAUGGAACUAAUACGGAAGAUCAUAUCACAUCAAAUGGCCCGUGGAUGGAGUUCCUGUACAUCUUAGUGACUUAUGUGUCAGGUGUUUUCUAUUACGUAUCCACGACAAUCAACCCGAUCCUUUACAACAUUAUGUCGCACAAAUUCCGUAUAGCGUUUACGGAGACGUUAUCGAAGAGCUGCAGACUUCCUGGAUUGCCGGCGCGUCACGAGCAACGCUCGUAUUCCAGCCUGUCGCGAUCUCAACAAAGAACCAUCGGUGCUUAUGGUUCUAGGACACCUGGAACCGGUGGAGGAUCCGGUAGAGAAUCAGGCGGAGGAUCCGAUAUAAUAGCUGAUAGCAUGGAGGGUUCGGGAAAUUCUAUGGAAGACAGUCGAAGACAACCGACGAAAGAUUCGGAAAAUUUGCCAGAAUUUACCGGAAGGAAUUCAAUGCGGAAGGAAUAUGUUAAAGAAAUGAAGAAUAAUGGUAAUCUGCGACGAUCUUACAAUGAGCAUCAUAAGUCGCAGGAAGGCAAACGUGGCAAGGAUCGAUCGAUUCGUAGGAAUCAGGAUACAUCGUGGACGAAGAGAACGAUUUACAAGAAUGUACAAGUUUCCGAUAUGGCAAGAUCAGAGAAAAAAUGGUCGAGGCUUCUAAAGUGGUUACCUGGUUUUAAAGUUUUCAAAUUUCCUCGUGGAUCAACCGUGCCCGAAGAACGCGUGUUUGACGAAUCCGGAAAUCCUCGUGAAGAACUGUCAAUGACUAUGUGGAACAUCCGCGAAAACAAUGAACAGCGACCUGUUUGAAAAGAGAAUGUUUUUGCACGGAUGUUUUUUUCGAAAUCUUUGAGAAGACUGAUAUUUUCGUCUCGAUCUGCAUUUUUCGUGAAUAAUGACACUAACAAUCGCCACUUAAAGAAGAAUGUGAUGUACACUAAUACAAUAGUAUGACCAAAAUGAGAUGACUUGAAAGUUCUGCUAAGAUCACGGUUUUAAGAAUUUUCUUUGCUAAUAGAGAAGACUGAAUAAUGUUUGUAACUCCGAUUCUCAUGAUUAAUUUAAGAAAGUUCUAAUGAGAACAUUCAACGAGAGUAGGGAAUAAGAAAAUCUUCAGAAGAAAAGCCACAAAAUUUGACACGGUGAUUUACUAUCCUUAUUUGUCAAGCAAAUUCUGUUCGCUGGAUGUUGGCAUCCGACGCUCUGCAUCUACAAAUAAAUUUAGAGCUUCAAACGGAUAAACAUGUCAAGAUUAUUACGGUCUUAUAUCAUAGUGAUGUAGUAAUAAAUCAAAUCAAUAGUAUUCUGCGAUCCAACUCAGAAAUCUUUCCUGCACUCUUGUCAAAUAUACACUCGUUGGAUCAGCAAAAUUUUAUUUAUAUUACCUUACUUUAUUUUGCAUGGUAUAUAUGUACAUAUUACGCGAGUAUCAUUCUGUUUUUUUAUUUUUUCUUUUUGAAUCUUUUGUAUGUCCGAUAUCAAAAUGCUUU